AUGGCGAAGCUUGCUGAAGGAGAUUCAGGAACUAUCGGCUCCGUGCAAAAGACACCAAACAGCUCUCCAACCCCUAUCAAAAUCAUAGUGACAGGUGGCCUUGGGUUUGUAGGCUCGGCGAUUGUCCGAUCCUUGCAGGAAUUUCAUCCUGAAUGGGACGUCUGGAUUCUCGACAAGGGCGAGAAUCGACGGCACAGAAAUAGUCACGAUGGAGACGAUGAGCUGGACUUAUUGAGAGGAUGCGAGUAUGGAUACGUCCAGGCCGAUAUCACAGAUAAGACGAGCGUCAUGGACGCGCUUGCCAUGAUCAAUGCAGAUGCCAUCAUCCACACAGCAGGUAUUGUGCCAUCUUUGAGCGAGAGGUAUGCACGGCGCCUAGAAGCCUUGGUCAAAGCUGUCAACGUGGAGGGCACGCGGCAUAUGGUCGACGCAGCCAGGAAAAGCAGAUGCAGAGCAUUUGUGUACACGAGUAGUUGCUGCACCGUGAUAGACGACAUGAGCCAGUCCUAUGCCAACAUUGAUGAAAGAUGGCCUGUUUCGCCCAAGUCGUCCAUCUAUGGUGAGAGUAAAGUCGAGGCGGAGCAGAUUGUGAUUGCAGCAAACGACAAGUCAAUGUCCACAUGCGUAUUGAGACCGUCCGUGCUGUUUGGCGAAGGAGACAACCAGCUGAUACCGCCGAUUCACGCCUGUAUUGCCAAAGGAGAGACUCGCUGGGUGAUUGGAGACGGGAAGAAUCUCUGGGACACGACUUACGUCGGCAAUGUGGCUGACGCGCACGUCCUUGCCGUCGAGAACCUGUUGGAUUUCCAAUCAGCGGAACCGAAGCGUGGUUGCCAUGGCCGAGCAAGAGCGGAAAGCGCCGCAGGGGAGACUUUCUUCAUCCAAAACAACGAACCCAUUUCCUUCCGGGAAUUCAGCCUUGCUGUUUGGAAAGAGUUUGGGCACCUCCCGCCAGCCUGGGAAAUUCACAUUCCAGAAGGACUGGGCUGGGUGCUAGGCUUGGUCGCGGAAGUCUUUACGCGAGUCUCGGGCACUCCAACGACCCUCUCGCGUGGAAGCGUAAUGGAUGCCUGCGCGAUGCGAUAUGCCAGUGGUGAUAAGGCCAGGAGGAUUCUCGGCUAUCAACCUCGAGUAGGGCUUGAAGCGGGAAUCAGAGCCAGCUGCGAGCACUAUGCUAAACGACUGACAAGAGAGCGACGGUGA